AUGCUGGUCAUACUGCUGAACUGUGUUACCUUGGGCAUGUAUCAACCAUGUGUGGACGAUCAAUGCAUAUCCAGAAGAUGCAGAAUUCUACAAGUGUUCGACGACUUCAUAUUCGCAUUCUUUUCGCUAGAAAUGAUCGUGAAAAUGAUCGCCAUGGGAGCGUACGGCCCCUGCACAUACCUCGCAGACUCCUGGAACAGAUUAGAUUUUUUCAUCGUCAUCGCAGGCGCUUUGGAGUACUGUUUGAAUGUGGAGAACAUAAAUUUCUCUGCCAUACGAACAAUAAGGGUGCUGAGGCCGCUUAGAGCCAUCAACCGAAUUCCAAGUAUGCGCAUAUUGGUCAUGUUGCUUUUGGACACUUUGCCGAUGCUGGGUAAUGUGCUGCUGUUGUGUUUCUUCGUGUUCUUCAUAUUUGGAAUCAUAGGAGUGCAGCUGUGGGAAGGCAUACUUCGACAAAGGUGUUUCUUGAAGCCGCUGCCAAACGUCACUUAUCCCAAGUAA